UUCUUUCCCUCUUGAUCUAGUCACUAGCUGCUUGAUUUGAUUCCAUCCUCAAUGACGACCUCCAGUCAGUUAUUAUUCCUUGUUUUUGAAACGAGUGGAAGCUGGGGGAGCGAGUGGUGGAGAUCUGACUCUGAUUUGGUGUCGGUAGGAGGAGGAAUGGUAGAUAUUGGAGAGCUGCGUCAGGGGGAUAUAGCUCAAUGCCUACCAUUGGAGUCACGCUGUGAAAUGAAAUAAUUGGAGCCAGCGUCGAGAGAGCAUCCAUCCAUCCGUGCUGAUUGCUGCCACUAAUUUUAAUGUCUGAAGGAUGAGGAAGGGACUGCAUCCUCAGAUGCAAUGGAUUUCAUAUGUGACGCAGAGUGGUAGGCUGAUCAAUAUCAUGAUGACCAAGGUGAACCAUACUGGCAAAGUGUACCAUAUGAGGGCCAAGCGACAAAUGGCUCAGAGCCUUGGUCAGAUUGCAAAGUUCAAACGUCGAUAUGAGCAGGUAGCAGAGGAAAGCAAAGACAAGUAGGAUGAUGUUGGGAACGAGAUAAUAUAGCCUCUGUAACCACCUUAGUUUUUUUGACUGCAAAGUUUUCAGCUAAUAAGUAAUUUUGAUCAAGGAUUUUAUUUUAGAUCACGUCCCCUUGUGUUCCUCCUCAGAAUUGGGUUAUCUUGCGCCCCCUGUGGCACUUGUUGCGCCUUAAAGCCCCAAGAAAAUAGUCUAUGGAUUGCUUUUGCUCUGACCUUUCGGUUUCAUGAUUGAUGUUUUUUCCUGUUA